UGACGUGGAAUCAGAAUUUUCGCGCCUAAUACUUAACUAAACAGAAUUCCGCUUCCAAGAUUGAAGGAAGUGAUCUCGUUCUUUACCGACUCGAAUAUUUCUUUGUUAUUCUUUGAGUCGGCUUCGGAUCAAGAAAUGGGACGCAAGAAGCGAGUCAAGCCUUCUUCUUCUUGUUCUGCCCCUGCGGCGGCCGUGGGUGUCAAGGCAGCUUUCCCGUCCGCUUCCUCACUCUCCCAUGGGUCCCCCAAUAAGGAAGCAAAGAAAGCAGCAGAAAUGGAGGCAAUCAAGCUCGAUUGCGACCGCGCGUUUGAUGCUUUCCGGCGUGGAAACCACCAUAAAGCCCUAAAGCUCAUGAAAAAGUUUUGUUCGAGCUACCCGAACUCUGGUUUUGUUCAUACUCUUCAAGGUACCAUGUAUUACCAACUCGCUCUUACAAUUGCCGAUUCUAGUACCAAACUCCAAUACCUCAAGACUGCAGCGGACUCUGCCUCGCGAGCCACGCUGCUCUCACCCGAGAAGAUGGAUUCCGCCCAUUUCUUUGCGCAUUUGCUCUAUUUGACGUCGGAGAAAAAUGAUGGAUACCAAGAAGUUGUGCGAGAGUGUGAAAGGGCGUUGUCAAUUCCAGUGGAGAAGGCUAGUUUACUUGUGGGGCGGAAUCAAUUAGAAGGGUCGAUUCUCAUGGCACAAAUUUCAGAACUUCAAGAGGGCCUGCGGUCACUGAUUGGAAUGUCAAACGAGACCAUGAAUAACGGUGUGCAUUUGGAUUUGGAAGCUAAGUUUAUGUUGGUUCCUUUUUCCGAUCUUUUGAAAGAGAGUAAGUUGCUUAGUUUAAAAUAUUCUGAGGAUGGUAUGGAAUUGAAAGAUCUUGAGGAAAGAGAGAAGGAGAUUGAGGCUAAGAUUCAAAAAACAAAGCUUUUGGAGAACUUGCGGGUAUUACCAGAAUGGCAAACAGAGGAAGCUAGUCUGCAAAAUUAUCUGAAAGAUGGAGUGCCUGAGUCGUCUUCCAGGUCUUCUUACAAACAAGAAAAGAUAAAAAGGGUCUCAAAUCUUAAAAAGAUGAAGGAAUCGGCACGUAUGAUGCCUUAUGUUGUGAUGUAUUGGGACUCGAUCAGUUUUGAUCAGAAGAGGAGAUUGCUCAAUGUGAGAAUUGGGGAUCUAAUAGAGUAUUUUGGUUCAAACGAGUAUGUUGAGGAAGCGCUGAUUUUCUGUGAAGCCAUGAGUUUUGCAAAGGAUAACAAGAGCUGGAAGUUUUUGGGAUGUUGUUUUUGCAGUCAGAGAUUUAAGGAAUUAAUACCUUAUCUGAAACAUCUUGAGGUGCAGCAUCUGCGGAAUGUUAAGGUUUUAGCACCCGAGAUGAUGUCAAUGUUACCACUAGAACUUAAUAGUUAUUGGGUUGACAUGCUAUUGAAGGAUAGGUGGAAGCCAGUGGACACUUCUGCAGCUCUGAAAAUGAUUGAAAGUGGUCCGAAAGGCGAGUUAUCUUGUACUGUUGGUGGUGACAGAGAGUCCCAUGGAGGGGAGGUUGGUGGUGAUCAAAAUAUCAAGGAAGUUGAUGGAGAAAAAGGGUUGCCUGAUGCCUUCCCUUUCGACCAUAACUGGCCAUUAUCUUAUGAUUCUGAGCGUGCAGGGAUCCUUUCGAAAAUCCAUAUCAUGUUCAAAUUGUUUUUUAGACACAACUAUCUCUCUGAAAGACUUCUUAAGGUGUUGAUUAAGUACUCCUUGGAAAAGCUGCAGACACUUGUUCCAGAAUUGGAGCCUUUAAUUCAAGGACUGGACCAAACACCUUUGUGCCUCUGCUUUUUGCAAGUUCCUCAGCUCAGAUAUGUCUAUAGUUAUUUGGAGGAUUUGGUUCGUCUUUGUAGGUUAGAUUUUCGUUCAGAGAAGGAUGGGUCCGUGGCUGAGACGCCCAGGGGAGGUUUUGACAUCAAACACAGGAUUGGUCUUUCUAGUGAAUCAGUAUCUCUCCUUUUGGAUAAACACUCGAAUAGGGGAGCGGUUGAUUUCUUCACUUAUCAUGACAACAUUUCUGCUGAUGCUUCUUCAGUAGCUUUUACUGUUGAUAAUCUUGAAGAUGAUGCACUUCCAGGCAGUGAUUCUUUAGCAGCUUGGAUAUUCGGGGGUCCUUCAAAUGAACAACAAUUGACAUCAUGGGCUCGUGCAUUACAAGAGAAAAAACAUCAAGCGAUAGACAUUUUGAGUAUCCUCGAGAAGGAAUUUCCUGAAUAUAAAAGCUUGUGUGAUAGUAAAUGUAUUCAUUUACGUCAAGAAGAAGCAUUUCAGGCAGUCGAGAAUAUCUUGGCCGAGGAAUUCACAAAGAGGAGGGAAAACUUGGAGUUUGUCCCGCAAGGUUAUGAGGUCCUCUUGAAGAAGCGGCAAGAAGAGCUUGCUAGGACGUCUAAUGAUGUGUUUGGCAGUGAUGCGGCUGAGUUCACUUUCAUAUCAAAGGUUCUUAAAGAAGUAGAAGCUCUGAGUCUAAGAGUAGCCGGUGGGACUUCUCAUUUAUCUGAUCAGGAAAGUGAUCAAGAAGAUGAGAGCAAGACGUUCGAAGACCUGCUUGAGCAGGAUAGUUUGUUAGAAAUGGCAGUCCAAGAUCAGAAAGAAGAGGUGUCUUUGAAGCUUUGCGAGAUUGACACUAGUCUCAUGCGGUGUGUUGGUGUUAUGCGGAAUCUGCAAUCCAAACUUGGGAAAAUAUCUGUUAUUGACUACCGGUCAAUUCUUUGGGUGAUCCUAACGUCAUUCCUUCGAGACCACUUGGAGGAUCUGGCUAGAAAAUAUGCCACAGAGAAGUCUGAUGCUGUAGGACGAGCACUUUUAUUAGAGGCUGCCCUUGAUACCCAAAAGAAUAUUAAUACAGCUGAUGAUAAUACAAAGAAAACACAGAAAAAAUCAAAGAAAAAGAAAAAGAACAAGUCUAGUAGAGAUGCUAAGGAUUCAAAGGCCACUGGUGGUAUCAAGCAGCUUCUUAUCAGUGAUUCUCCAAAAUCCGAGACUGCUGCUGGAUUGAAACAACAGGAAGAGGAAUCUAGGCCUCAUGAACUUGAGCUUCAAGCACAGGAGACACGGCUCGAAGAACAAUAUCAAGGUACGGAAUUGGAUGAACAAGUUUCCCCACACUCAGUUAAUCAAAAUGUGGAAUUGAAACAACUGGGAGAGGAAUCUAGGCGGAAUGAACUUGAGCUUCAAGCACAGGAGACACAGCUCGAAGAACAGUAUCGAGGUGCGGAAUUGGAUGAACAAGUUUCCCUACACUCAGAUAAUCAGAAUGAGGAAUUGAAAGAACAGGAAGAGGAAUCUAGGCGGAAUGAACUUGAGCUUCAAGCACAGGAGACACAGCUCGAAGAACAGUAUCGAGGUGCGGAGUUGGAUGAACAAGUUUCCCUACACUCAGAUAAUCAGAAUGAGGAAUUGAAAGAACAGAAAGAGGAAUCUAGGCGGAAUGAACUUGAGCUUCAAGCACAGGAGACACAGCUCGAAGAACAGUAUCGAGGUGCGGAAUUGGAUGAACAAGUUUCCCUACACUCAGAUAAUCAGAAUGAGGAAUUGAAAGAACAGGAAGAGGAAUCUAGGCGGAAUGAACUUGAGCUUCAAGCACAGGAGACACAGCUCGAAGAACAGUAUCGAGGUGCGGAAUUGGAUGAACAAGUUUCCCUACACUCAGAUAAUCAGAAUGAGGAAUUGAAAGAACAGGAAGAGGAAUCUAGGCGGAAUGAACUUGAGCUUCAAGCACAGGAGAGAAAGCUUGGAGAACAAAAUCGAGGUGUGGAAUUGGAUGAACAAGUUUCCCCACACUCAGAUAAUCAGAAUGUGGAAUUGAAACAACAGAAAGAGGAAUCUAGGCGUCUUGUACUGGAGCUUCGAGCAAAUGUGAGAAAGCUCUUGGAAAUUUUGGAGGAUCAAAGGCAAAUUGAGAGUGGAGGUAGACAGAAGCAACUUACUGGACAAAGUCGAAAUGCCAAAUUGGAUGAACAAGUUUCCCCAUUCUCAGAUUAUCAGAAUGUGGAAUUGAAACAACUGAAAGAGGAAUCUAGGCGUCUUGAACUUGAGCUUCGAGCACAGGAGAGAAAACUCGAAGAACAAAAUCGAGGUCUGGAAUUGGAUGAACAAGUUUCCCCACACCCAGAUAAUCAAAAUGUGGAAUUGAAACAACAGGAAGAGGAACUUGAGCUUCGAGCACAGGAGAGAGAGCUUGAAGAACAAAUUCGAGGUUCGGAAUUAGAUGAACAAGUUUCCCCACACUCAGAUAAUGAGAAUGUGGAAUUGAAACAACAGAAAGAGGAAUCUAGGCGUCUUGAACAAAGUGGAAGUGCGGAAUUGGAUGAACAAGUUCACCCAAGAAAAUUUACAAGGAGGACUGACAUGCUUCCAGAUUCAAACAGUAGCAUCUCAUCCAGCAAUAAAGAAAAACCUCAUCCGGACUUGUCAGUGGGUGAAUAUGAAGAGCCUAAAGUUUUGUCAGGAUUGCCUGGUGGGAGAACUUCUGAAGACAGUGUUUUGUCUCCUGAUCAAAGAGGAUCACAAUGCACAUUCGACGACAUGAAUGCAUCAGAUGUACAUGGGACUAGUCUGAAAAAAAGUCUUGCUCAAUACGAUUGCUUCUUAGAUGUGAUCAUAACGUCACUUUGGCAUUUGAGAUGGUUCCGAUUUGAGUUGCAACGAAGAAGAGAAAUCCCUCAUGCUCAUGCUGGAAACCCAUGUGUUUUCUGUUCAUUAUGCAAUACUUUUACAGUCUUAAGUCUCUCACCAGUAUGUUGGAAAAAAGAUGUUGUUGCUCCAUGCCUUGCAAAGAUGGCUUUGAGUGACUUGUACCCUGAUAAUAUUUUCUUCCAGGAGGCACAAACAAAUGAUGUUAUUUCAAUCUUGGUUGGAAUUUUUGAAUGUCUUCAUCAGUCAUUUUCUGCGCCAGGAGAAAAAUAUAGCGGAGAAAAUUGGGAUUGUACAUCGGAUGAGUGCUUAGCACAUACUAUCAUUGGAAUGAACCUUUUGGAAAGAAUAAGCUGUUGCUAUUGCGGUCUUGAGUCUGGGAAUGAGCAGUUUACUUCAUUUCUUCGCAUGGUAGAUGAGAGUAAACUUAGAAGAAUGAAGGAUACGUACAUGGAUAGCUCAUUUGACAAGCUUUUGAAGCUUGUAAAUGCAAGUAGUCUAUUCCCUUGUGAUCCAGAGGCAGGAGGCUGUGGGAAACUCAAUCCUACUCAGCAUUUUCUUUCGAGUCCUCCUCAUGUGUUCAUAACUGUUAUUGACAGGAAGAAUGGUCAUGAGCGCGGGGCGGAUAUAUCAACAACAUUGGCUGCUUUGUCUACUAAGAUAGAUCUCGGUAUCCUAUAUGAAGGUUUAGAUGAAGGGAACACGCAUUACCUCAUUUCUUUGGUUUGUUUUACUGGGAAAAAUUAUCGGUGCUUUGCUUACCGUCACGAGGUUGAAAAAUGGAUUAUGCUUGAUGAUGAAGAAUGUAAGGUCAUUGGUUGUUGGAACGAUGUUAUUACCGUUUGCAGAACAAGGAAUUUACAACCUCUGAUUCUUUUCUUUGAAGAUGAAAUGCAGAUUUUUUAAGGGAACUUCUUUACUGUUCCACUGCAAAACUGGCUUUGUUGUUAAGAGACAUUGUUCGAGGAAGCAAACAUUUUUUUUGAGCUACUAGGAAGAACAUUGUAUUGGCAAAGUUUGUUCCAUUGUGGGAAAAAAAGAAGAAGAGAAAAUUAGAGAACCUGCUGAGCUGUUGUUGAUAAACUUCAAGAAGCCCAAGCAUGUAUCUCUAUAAGCUGUGUCCUACAGUUUUCCUGGUUUUCCUC